AUGGGAAGACGGGCCAGAAACAAGCAGGGAAUGCCUCCUUCCUUGGAGGAGUUCCAGAAGAAGCCAGCUAAGAAGGAGACGAAGCGGAAGGCCGUUCCAGAGGAGAAGCCGGUGAAAAAGACGGCCAAGAGAGCCAAAAAGGCCGUUGAGGAAGAAGAGUACGAGGACCCAAAGGAUCUGCCCGAGGUGGAUCUGGAAGAGCUCUCCGCUGCCAAGAAGUCGCUUUUUGACGAUGACGAAGAGGAGGAUCUGCAAGGAUUCGAGCAAUUGGACGACGAUGAGGACGACGAUUUGCAAGACGAGUUUGUGGACUCUGACGAAGAAGACAGAGAAAGACCAAUGUUUUCGGACGACGACAGCGACGACAUGGACGCCAUCAACGCCGCCAACAUGGAGGAGUACUCCAAGAAGUUGGACGAGGAGGCGUUGCAGGAACAGCAGGACGCCGAGGACGAGUUGUUGGAGGAAAGCAUGAAGAAUCCAAGAGCCAAGGUUCUGCCUACGGAGCAGGAGGAAGAGGAGAUGAAGACGGGCGGUUCCGACUUGACUAUGGUGAGAACCCGGAUGUUGGAGGUUGUCAAGGUGUUGGAAGACUUCAAAAACCUGGCCGAAGAAGGAAGAAGCCGGACAGAGUACAUGGAUCGGUUGAUAAGUGACAUUUGUGAGUAUUUUGGCUACACACCGUUUUUGGCCGAGAAACUGUUCAACUUGUUCUCGCCAUCUGAAGCCAUCGAGUUCUUCGAGGCCAACGAGAUCCACAGACCAGUGAGUAUCAGAACAAACACGCUGAUGACCAGACGCAGAGAGCUGGCACAGACUUUGGUCAACAAGGGAGUCAAUUUGCAACCGAUUGGAACAUGGACCAAGGUCGGGUUGCAGAUCUUUGAUUCGCAGGUCCCGAUCGGAGCCACUCCAGAAUACCUGGCCGGACAUUACAUUUUGCAAGCGGCCUCGUCGUUCUUGCCGGUGAUGGCCCUGGACCCGCAAGAAAACGAGCGUGUGCUGGACAUGGCUGCUGCUCCAGGAGGAAAAACCACAUACAUCUCUGCACUGAUGAAGAACACCGGGUGUGUGUUUGCCAACGACGCCAACAAGGCCAGAACCAAGUCGCUGAUUGCCAACAUCCACCGUCUGGGUUGCACCAACACUGUCGUUUGUAACUACGACGCGCGCGAGUUUCCUAAAGUGAUUGGUGGCUUCGACAGAGUGUUGUUGGACGCCCCAUGUUCCGGAACAGGAGUCAUUGCCAAGGACCAGAACGUCAAGGUCAACAGAACAGAGAAAGACUUUAUCCAGAUUCCUCAUCUCCAGAAACAGCUGCUGUUGUCGGCCAUCGACUCGGUCGACUCUCAUUCCGCUACGGGAGGAGUGAUUGUGUACUCCACGUGUUCCGUUGCUGUUGAUGAGAACGAGGCCGUUGUCGAUUACGCUCUGCGUAAAAGACCAAACGUGAAACUCGUCGACACAGGUCUGGCCAUUGGAAAGCCCGCAUUCACAUCGUACAGAGGAAAACACUUCAACCAGAAGCUCUCGCUCGCAAGAAGAUACUAUCCACAUGCAUACAACGUUGACGGGUUCUUUGUGGCCAAGUUCCAGAAGAUUGCGGCCAGUCCUCACGAUGUCUCCAAGGCCGGUGCCAAGGAGAAGGAAUUGGCAGCAGACGCCGAGGCCGCCGAGGAGAGUCUGAUCCAUAACGACUUUGCAGAGUUCGACGACGAGGCAGACACAGAGAUCAUGAAAGAGUCCAUCAAGCGCAGUCUCAAGAAGAAGGGUGUGAACCCAAACUCUGUGGAUAUUGACAAGAAGUUGCGCAAAUCCAACAGGCAGAACGGCACGAAGAUCCGUUUCCAAACGUUCUUGAAAGUUUUGGAACAACGACUGACCUCCAGUGACAAACACGUCUUUCAUCAUCUCGUUGCUAUCGUCUCCAGAAAAUCCAGUUUCUCCAGGAAGUCUGCGCAAAAGAGUGUCUUCCGAAAGCUCUACAAUGCCCGCCUGGUCAACACCAGCAAUCGACGGCUGGAACAUGAUUUCCGGGAUUCUGAUCCGCUCAACGUUGAUAUGGAUCUGGUGCUGCUGAUGCUGGUCUUCUGGGUCGAAAUUGCGUGGACCUCUCAGAAACCGAUGGAUCAACGAGUUGCGCCAGUCGUACUGUCUUUGUAA